AUGGUUACAAAUAAUAAUUUAACAACAAUAAAUGGAGAUAAUCAUAAUAUGAGUGGACAUAUGAUUACAUUAAAUAUCCAUAUUCCACGCGAUAGUAGUGUUCAUUCAAUGCAAUUUGAUGUUCAAAUGUUAAUUAGUGAUUUAAUUCAUAAUAUUCAACAAUAUUUACCAUUAACAUUUGAUCAUGAUUCAUCGGAAUAUGGACUAUUUGUUAAUGAUACACAACAUUCAACGAGAAGUUAUUGGCUUGAUCCAACGAAAAUAUUGAAUUAUUAUCUUUUAAAAAAUGGAGAUCAUAUUGAAUAUAAAAAUCGAUAUCGUCCACUUAAAAUUCGGUUACUCGAUGGUACUGUUAAAACAAUUCUUAUUGAUGAUUCAUUGAUUGUUGCUCAACUUAUGGUUUAUAUAUGUACAAAAUUUGGUAUUGCAAAUUAUGAUGAAUAUUCAUUAGUUUAUGAUGUUGAUUCUGAUGAUGGAAAUAAUAAUACAAAAACAGCAACUCUUCUACGAGAUCGCUCACUUCAACGAACGGAUAAAAAAAUGGAAGAAUUAAGAAAAAAAUGUCAUACAGAUGAUGAUACUUUAUGGCUUGAUCAAUCAAAAACUCUUCGUCAACAAGAUCUUGAUGAACAAUCAACAGUUGUUUUACGACGAAAAUAUUUCUUUUCGGAUACUAAUAUUGAUCAACGUGAUCCUGUUCAACUUAAUUUACUUUAUGUUCAAUGUCGAAAUGGAAUAAUCGAUGGAACACAUCCGGUAACUUAUGAUGAAGCUAUUCAAUUUGCUGGUUUACAAUGUCAAAUACAAUUUGGUGAUUAUGAAGAAUCAAAACAUAAACCAGGAAUUAUUGAUAUACGAGAUUUUCUACCAAAAGAAUAUUGUAAAACAAAAAAUUCGGAAAGAAAAAUUUUUCUGGAACAUAAAAAACAUAAGAAUUUAGCUGAACUCGAUGGAAAAGUAAAAUAUACACAAUUAUGUCGUUCAUUACGAACUUAUGGUGUUACAUUUUUUCUUGUUAAAGAAAAAAUGUCGGGAAAAAAUAAACUUGUACCACGUCUUCUUGGUGUUACGAAGGAUUCAAUUAUUCGUGUUGAUGAACGAUCAAAAGAUUUUCUUGAAGUAUGGCCAUUGACACAUGUUAAACGAUGGACAGCAUCACCAAACACAUUUACACUAGAUUUUGGUGAUUAUGCAAGUGCUUAUUAUUCAGUACAAACACAUGAAGGUCAACAAAUUUCACAAUUAAUUGCUGGUUAUAUUGAUAUUAUUUUAAAAAAGAGAAAAGAUCGAGAAUGUACGGAUCGCGAUGGAAUUGUUGAUGAAGAAUCAACUAUGAUUGAAGAUAUUAUCGCACCGGGAAAAGCGACAAUUAUUCAACCAAAUCGUCCAUCAUUAGGUUUUGUACAUCAACAAAAUGUUCGUUCAUCACCCUUAAUUCGCGGAACAUUUUCAGAUGGAACAAAUCAUUCGGAUCAUCGACAACAACAAGAAGGUUAUUUCGUCUCACAAAUUCAUGAACAACCAAAAUCAUCACCUGAUAAUCAUUCGAAUAAAAUUCUCUAUUCCACAAUAGAAAACGCUCGAAAUACAGUUACUAAUUCUCAAUCUCAAUUAGCACGUGAAACACAACAAACUCAAUCAUUAUCAUCUAUGAUGAAUAAUCAACAACAAUUAUCCAUAGAAAAUCGUAUUGAUAUUAGUCGUCAGUUGUUAACUGGUGAAUUAUCUACAAUAAAUGCAUCAACAGCACAAAUUAUUAUCUUAACAUCGGAUAUAAAUAAUUGUCAUCGUCGAAAUAAUGAUUCAAAUCAUUCGCUUAGUACAGCUAUAUCAACAAUAACAAAUAAUUUAAAUGAAUUUUGUAAAGAAAUGGAUGUUUAUACGAAUUUAAUCAAUGAUAAAACAAAUUUAAUUGAUCAAACACGUCGUUUAUGUACAAUAUUUAAUGAUUUAUUAACAUGUUUACAAACAUUAAUUGAUAAUAAUUAUGAUUCAACAAUGAGACAAAAUGUUCUUAUAACAGCUAGUCGUUUAGGUGAAAUAAAUCAAGAUCUUGUUCGACGUUUAAAUGGUGAUCAAGAUUGUUCAGUUGAAUAUCAAGAUAAAUUAUUAUCAUUAGCUAAAUCAGUUGCAAAUACAACAGCAUUAUAUGUACUUAAAGCGAAAGAUAUUGCCACUAAUGUACAAGAACAACAAAUUGUUAAUGAAAUUAUUUCAACAGCUACACAAUGUGCUCUAGCUACAUCACAAUUAGUCGCCUGCACAAAAGUUGUUGCUGCGACAAUAUCGAAUCCAUUAUGUCAAGAACAAUUAAUUGAAUCAGCUCGUAGUGUAACACGUUCAAUUGAAAAUGUUCUUCAAUCAUGUUUACCACCUGUAACAACCGAUUUAUUAUUUUCUGAAUUAACGGAUGCUGGACGAACUGUUCGUAAAACUCUCAAUGAAUUUUUACUUCAUAUUAAAUUAAUAACUGAUAGUUCAGCAGCGAAUUCCGAUCGAAUGUUUUCUCCUAUUACAAAUGGUACACCAAAAUUACUUGCACGUCGUUUAAUAGCUACGGAUGAAAUUGAAGAAGUGAAUGAAGAAAAUGAAGAAAAACAUCAUGAUCAAUCGAUUGAUCAAAUAUUAGUUGCAAGUGAUCGGCUAUUUUCUUCCGUUGGUGAUGCAGCUGAAAUGGUUAAACAAGCGAAAAUUUUAGCACAAGCAACUGCACAACUCGUUUCAUCAUUAAGACAACAAGCUGAAUCUGUUGAUGAUGAUACAAAUGAACAAAAACGUUUUUUAUCAGCUGCUAAAAUGCUUGCUGAUGCCACAUCACGUAUGGUUGAAUGUGCUAAAGGUUGUGCAACAAAACCAAACGAUACCCAACUUCAAUAUCAAUUAAAAAAAGCUGUUGAAGAACUUCGUUCAGCAACAAAUAUGGCAAUAACAAAUAGUAAUAAACGAAAAAUAUUUAAACGUGUUGAACAAUGUGCAAAAUAUAGUGCAUCAUGUGCAACACAAUGUAUUGCGGCAACAUCCGCAUUAGUUAUGGAUAAUAAAAAUCAUCAAUCACAUCAAGAACUUGUUCAACAAUGUAAAAUUAUUGCUGAUCUUAUACCUAAAGUUGUUCAAAGUAUUCGAACAUGUAUGAUUAAACCAGAUUCAUAUGCAUAUCAAAAUAAUUUAAUAAAUGCCUGUGAAGAUUUUCUUGAUCCCGCAACACAUUUAACGAAUAUUGCUAAAACAGUUGUACCAACUAUUCAUGAUCAAUCGCAAGCAUUACAUUUAAAUAAUAGUUCUAAACAAUUAACUCAAGCUUUAACUGAUUUAAGAAUUUGUGUUAAUCGAGCACAAGAAUUAAGUCAUUCAGUUUUAUUAGACAUUGAAUCAAUUAUUGAAUCCAUUGAAUUACUUGAUCGAGAAUUAAAUGAUAUUAAACGACAAGCAAAUGAUAAUUAUUUAAAAAUUCAACCUAAUGAAACAAUUGAUACAUGUUCAACACAAUUUGCUUCAAUUUGUAAACAAAUAAAUACAAUUAUAAAUCAAUUACUCAAUGCUGUGAAUCAAAAAGAUGAAAAAAUUGUUGAAAAUUCUAUACAAGAUAUUCUUCAAAUUCUUCGUAAAUUAAUUAAUUCUACACGUAAUUUAACUGCUAUAACAACAGAUCAACAAAUUCAAAUAUCAAUUGUCGAACGUUCACGUGAUGUUUUAAAAUAUUCAAUUAAUCUUAUACAUGAAGCAAAAAAAGUUCUUCAAACAUCCAGUGAUCAAAAUAAACUUUCACUUAUAGCACGUGAUCUUUCAUCUGCAAUAAAUUCAUGUAUGUCGAAUAUGCCAUCUCAACGUUAUUUUGAUGAAGUUAUUAAACAAAUGUGUGAAUAUGUUUAUGCAUUAGCUGGUCCAUUUGAUCGUAAAUCUUCUCCACUUUCACUGAAUUCCGAUGGUAUAAAUCGUGCAGCUGCUAAUCUUAAUCAAGCAACAACAGAUCUCGUUGUUAGUACACAUACAGGUGGUACAAAUGAUUUAGCUAAAACUUCAGCACAUUUUAGUCGUGCAUUCGGAGAUUUUAUUGACAAUGGUAUUUAUUUUAUAAAUCAUCAACAAGAAGAUGAUAAACGAUCACGUUUAAUAGUAUCAUUAAAAAAUGUUCAUUCAUCAUCAAAUCAAUUUUUAGAACGAGCUAAAACAAUUUCAAUUGAACCAGCUAUAAAUGAUAAUGAUGUUAAAUAUCAAUUAGCGAAUGCAGCAAAAGCAGUUACAGAAAGUAUAAAUGAUGUUAUAACAGCAUGUUUAGUACCAAAAUCACCAACGACUACUAUUGAACGUAGUGAAUGUGAUAAUGCAAUACAUGAUAUGGAAACAUCAAAGACUUUAUUACAACAAUCAGUUUUACAACCAUGUUCAAAUUUAACAUAUUUUGAAACAUUAGAUAAUGUUGUAGAAAAUUCGAAACGUUUAGGAGAAGCUAUGACUCAUAUAGCUAGUGCUUCAAAAAAUACGAAUCAUGAAUUAUUUGUACAAGCUAUUCAAGAUGCAUCAAAAGCUGUUUGUAAUCUAACAGAAUCAUCUGCUCAAGCAAGUUAUUUAAUUGGUGUAUCAGAAGUAACGUCAACAAAAGGAAUGGCACCUGUUAUUGAUCAUGCAGUAUUUAAUCGAUCUGUUACAGCUAUUCGACAUGCAUGUUCAGAUUUAUCAAAUACAUCAAUCAAUCGAGAUAAUAUUUUGAACUUGGCAGCAACAAUUGCUAAAAAUACAUCAACUUUAUGUAAUAUUUCUCGUGAUGCAUCAUCAACUACAACAAAUCCAAUGGCUCGACGACGUUUUGUACAAUCAGCUAAAGAUGUAGCAAAUGCAACAGCUGAACUUGUUCGAACAAUUAAAAUCUUAGAUAGUUCAUAUACACAAGAAAAUCAUCGACAUUGUAUUGAAAUAAGUCGUCCAUUACUUCAAUCAAUCGAUGAACUUCAUACAUAUGCUAUGUCAAAAGAAUUUGCCGGUGUACCACUAACAAUUAGUUCUGCUGGACGUCAGUCUCAAGAACCAAUUUUAUCAGCUGCUAAAAAUGUCGUUGAUGGUGCAUGUCGUAUAGUUGAAUGUUCAAAAAUUUUAAUAGGUAAUUCAAAAGAAGCAACAUUAUGGCAACAACUUGCUACACAUACAAAAAGUGUAUCAGAAGCAAUUAAACGUUUAGCAACAUCUGUAAAAGAACUAACACCUGGACAACAUGAAUGUGAACGAGCUGUUGAAGAACUUCGAAGACUUUUUCAAGAAAUUGAUAAAGCUAUUAUGAAUGUUGAUUCAUUACGUAAAACUGAUAAAUCACUACAGUUUCAUCAAGAACAAAUUUUAUCAAGUUCACAUUUUCUUAUUGAUCUUAUUAAUAAUAUAUGUCAAUCAUCCAAACGUGAAUGUGAACGUAUUGGUAGUUAUGUUUCACAAUAUAUAACAUAUUUACAACCAUUUAUACAUCAUAUUGUUGAUUCAAUUUCAUGUAUGGCACAUAAACAUGAAAAAAUUCUUUUAUUAGAACAAAUUAAAUCACUUAUUGAAACAAAUUUACAAUUAAUUUUAAGUACAAAAGAAUCAAGUGGAAAUAUAAAAAAUCUUCAAUGGCAUAAAAUUGUUGAUACAAAUAGUGAUUUAGCUAUAAAAUUAAUACAAAAAUUUAUUCAGGUAUUUCAAGAACAAACAUCAACAAAUGGUCAAAUAAAUAAUUUGUGUGAUAAUAUACGUAAAUUAAUUUCAACAUUAGAUACAACUACAAUUAAAAAUCAAGGUCAUUUUAUUGAUUAUCAAACACGAAUGAUUGAAAUUUUAAGACAAAUAAUAAAAACAAUAAAAGAUAUUAAUGAUUCUAUUGAUAUACGUCAUUUAGCUAAUCAAUUAACACGAGAAUAUAAUGAAUUAGUUAAUAAUACAUAUGGGGCAGUUGGUACAGCAACAUCAAAUGAUUUAUCAAUACGUAUUAAAAAAGUUGUUCAAGAUUUAGGUUUUAUAUUAAUUGAAUUAAUUGAAAAAUUAGGACAAAAUAAAUUUAAGCAUGAUUUAGAAAGUUUAUGUCAAAAAGUUAUUGAAAAAAUUUCUUAUGUUUUAAAUGCUUUACAAACAAAUGUACGUGGUACACAAGCUUGUAUUAAUGCUUCAACUACUGUCAGUAGUAUUAUUACUGAUCUGAGUGAUAUUGACUAUUGA